ACGUGCCGCUGCGGGUCACGUGCCGGCCUGCAUCACGCGUGAGGGGACGCGCGGUGCUGGAAGCUGCCGCACCUGCGGGAAACCGAGCCGCCGGCGCUCGACGCGCGCGCUCUCGCGAGACCCGCGGGGUCACGUGACGCCCGGGCGCGGCGCAGCUCACGUGACAGGCGCUGCCGGCCGCGGGGUCUUCUUCGUGCCGGCGUCGCAGUGGCCGGGCCUCUUGCGUCUGGUAACGCCGCCGUCUCUCACGCCAGCCCUUGGCGCCCGCUCCCGCGCCCCGCCGCCGCCCCAGCUCCCGGCAGUCCGCGGCCCAACCGCCGCCCUCGCCCCCGCUCCCCGCACUGUACCCGGCCGCUUCGCGCCAUGGCGGCCCCCGGCAGCGCCCGGCGGCCCCUGCUGCUGCUGCUGCUGUUGCUGCUGCUCGGCCUCGUGCAUUGUGCGUCAGCAGCAAUGUUUAUGGUGAAAAAUGGCAACGGGACCGCGUGCAUAAUGGCCAACUUCUCUGCUGCCUUCUCAGUGAACUACGACACCAAGAGUGGCCCUAAGAACAUGACCUUUGACCUGCCAUCAGAUGCCACAGUAGUGCUCAACAGCAGCUCCUGUGGAAAAGAGAACACUUCCAACCCCAGUCUCGUGAUUGCUUUUGGAAGAGGACAUACACUCACUCUCAAUUUCACAAGAAAUGCAACAGGUUACAGCGUCCAGCUCAUGAGUUUUGUUUAUAACUUGUCAGACACACACCUUUUCCCCAAUGCAAGCUCCAAAGAGACACGCUGUGAACAAGACAGGCCUUCCCCAACCACAGCGCCCCCUGUGCCACCCAGCCCCUCGCCCUCACCCGUGCCCGAGAGCCCCUCUGUGGACAAGUACAAUGUGAGUGGCACCAACGGGACCUGCCUGCUGGCCAGCAUGGGGUUGCAGCUGAACCUCACCUACGAGAGGAAGGACAACACGAUGGUGACAAGGCUUCUCAACAUCAACCCCAACAAGACCUCGGCCAGCGGGAGCUGCGGCGCCCACCUGGUGACUCUGGAGCUGCACAGUGAGGGCACCACCGUCCUGCUCUUCCAGUUCGGGAUGAAUGCAAGUUCUAGCCAGUUUUUCCUACAAGGAAUCCAGUUGAAUACAAUUCUUCCUGACGCCAGAGACCCUGCCUUUAAAGCUGCCAACGGCUCCCUGAGAGUGCUGCAGGCCACUGUCGGCAAUUCCUACAAGUGCAACGCCGAGGAGCACGUCCGCGUCACAAAGGCGUUUUCAGUCAAUAUCUUCAAAGUGUGGGUCCAGGCUUUCAAGGUGGAAGGUGGCCAGUUUGGCUCUGUGGAGGAGUGUGUGCUGGACGAGAACAACAUGCUGAUCCCCAUCGCUGUGGGUGGUGCCCUGGCGGGGCUGGUCCUCAUCGUCCUCAUAGCCUACCUCGUCGGCAGGAAGAGGAGUCACGCCGGCUACCAGACGAUCUAGCCUGGUGCGUGCAGGCACAGCAGCUGCAGGGGCCUCUGUUCCUUUCCCUGGGCUUAGGGUCCUGUCGAGGGGGAGGCACACUUUCUGGCAAACGUUUCUCAAAUCUUCAUCCAAUGUGAAGUUCAUCUUGCAGCAUUUACUAUGCACAACAGAGUAACUAUUGAAAUGACGGUGUUAAUUUUGCUAACUGGGUUAAAUAUUUUGCUAACUGGUUAAACAUUAAUAUUUACCAAAGUAGAAUUUUGAGGGUGGGGGUGCCGCUCUCUCUGAGGGGGGUGGGGGUGCUGCUCUCUCUGAGGGGGUGGGGGCGCUCUCUCUGAGGGGGGUGGGGGUGCCGCUUUAAAUUGGCUCCACUAUCAUUUGACUUUAGGGUUCUGGUGUUUGGUUUCUUCAUUCUUCACUGCACUCAGAUUUAAGCCUUACAAAGGGAAAGCCUCCGGCCGUCACACGUAGGACGCAUGAAGGUCACUCGUUGUGAGGCUGACGUGCUCACACAUUACAACAGUAGAGAGGGAAAAUCCUAAGACAGGAACUCCAGAGAUGAGUGUCUGGAGUGCUUCAGUUCAGCUUUAAAGGCCAGGACGGGCUUGGCCACUUGCGGCUGGCGGCCUCGUUCCAGCGGCGGCACGUCCUUGGGCGUCUCUAAUGCUCUGCAGCUCAAGGGCUGGCACUUUUUUAAAUAUAAAAAUGGGUGUUUUUAUUUUUUUUUUGUAAAGUGAUUUUUGGUCUUCUGUUGACAUUCGGGGUGAUCCUGUUCUGCGCUGUGUACAAUGUGAGAUAGGUGCGUUCUCCUGAUGUUUCGCCGUGGCUUGGGGAUUGUACACAGGACCAGCUCACGUAAUGCAUUGCCUGUAACAAUGUAAUAAAAAGCCUCUUUCUUUUU